UAGCGGAAGUCCCGCCCAGCCUGGGGGUAGCUUCCGGCUUCAAUUCCUUGGGCCUUAUGCUGACGCAGGGGAGCUAGCGGCGCUGUAAUGGUGCUGCUGGAGAGCGAGCAGUUCCUGACGGAGCUGACCAGACUCUUCCAGAAGUGCCGGUUGUCGGGCAGCGUGUUCAUCACCUUGAAGAAGUAUGACGGUCGAACGAAACCAAUUCCAAGGAAAGGUUCUGUGGAGGGCUUUGAGCCCUCCGACAACAAGUGUCUGUUAAGAGCUACUGAUGGGAAAAAGAAGAUCAGCACCGUGGUGAGCUCCAAAGAAGUGAACAAGUUUCAGAUGGCUUACUCAAACCUAUUGAGAGCUAACAUGGAUGGGCUGAAGAAGAGGGACAAAAAGAGCAAGAGUAAGAAGAGCAAAGCAGCACAGUGAAGGGCACCAGGUUUCCUGCUUUCACCAACUAACCGCCGAACUACUAUUUUUCCUUUGGUUUUUACUUUUGGCUGCAGAGCUAGGUUCCUGGUUCCCCCCCAAUAGCUUUUCCUGGGAGAUUAGGGUCAUUUUGGGUGGAUGAAGAGCUGCAGUGCUUACAGGGUAGUUGUAAGAAGUUUCUUUGAGAAUUGGCUAAUUGGUCUGUGUUGCAUGGUUGCAUAUCCUGGGAUUAUAAAGUCUGUAUAGCUCUCUGUGUGAAGAACAAUGGAUCAUUAAACUUAUAUUUAUCUGCACUGA